AUGCCCGACGUAGUCGUUGAAAAGCCGGUGUGUGGCAGUGAUCCUGAUGGCGCUGACUAUGACUUCCCGCUUCAUGUGGGAGCGGUUUUCAUUGUGUUCUUCGCUUCCAUCAUGGGCUGUGGUUUUCCCGUUGUGGCCAAGAAGGUCAAGUGGAUGAAGAUCCCACCGAAGGUGUUCUUUGUUUGUAAGCAUUUCGGUACUGGUGUAUUGAUUGCCACUGCAUUCGCUCAUCUCUUGCCAACUGCAUUCGCAUCUCUCAGCGACCCAUGCCUACCAGACCUCUUCACGGAAAAAUAUCCUGCGUUACCUGGUGUGAUUAUGAUGGGCUCUCUCUUCAUCCUAUUCGUUAUCGAAAUGUGGCUCAACUCAAAGACUGGCGGUCAUAGCCAUGGCGGUGCUACUGGUGCUGAGUUCUCAGGAGGUCCACGACCAGUCCAGCAUGUACAGGGCGUAGAGGCUGCCUUCAACAACCCUAUUCGUCGCACAGAAAGCUACGACUCACAGAAGACGAUGCUUGCCAUGCGCGACGACAAGCGCGGAUGGGUCCAGGAGUCUACCUACCCGGCUGAUAACUUUCCAUCCCGCAAGGGUGGCAGCGAUGAGCUUGACGCCCAGUCUGAAAUGCCGCCUUGGUUCAUCGUUUUCUACGAGCAAUAUGUACGCCAACGCGAUGAGAUGCUUAGCUUGGUCAACCGCGCGAUGCCAGCCUUGCCCAACUACCAGACCCAACCACCCACGCAGGCGCAAUCGUACUUUGACGAUGAUGUUGAGCAGGCAGUGGAUCCCAUGGUUCUCAAGAAGCAGUCUUUGCAGAUCACUCUUAUUGAGGGUGGUAUUCUCUUCCAUUCGGUCUUCGUUGGUAUGACCAUCUCGAUCACUGCCGAGGGUUUCAUUGUCCUUCUUAUUGCCAUUGUUUUCCACCAGGCUUUCGAAGGUCUCGGUCUUGGAACCCGUAUUGCGGAUGUUCCUUACCCUAGGAACAGCUGGAAGCCAUGGCUGUUGGUAGUAGCUUUCGGCACAACCGCACCUAUCGGCCAGGCCAUCGGACUCCUCACACGUGGAUCGUAUGACCCAAACAGCGCUUUCGGUUUGAUCAUCGUAGGCGUUUUCAAUGCCAUUUCAUCGGGUCUUCUUAUCUACGCGGCCCUUGUAGAUCUGCUAGCCGAGGACUUCCUGUCAGAGGAGGCUCAACAUACUUUGACUGGACGCGACAAGACAGUAGCAUUCAUCUGGGUGCUCCUUGGUGCAGCAGGAAUGUCUGUUGUUGACUUUUCAGAGUAUCUGCUACGUUCCGUCUCCCAGCUACAGAGGAUCCACGCCCGAAUGGGCAUUAUAUCACCUCAUGACAUGUUUGAUGCGUGUGCACCUGAUCUUGCUGACUCUGUUACCCCUGAACACAGCUCAAUCCUCCCGGCCUACUGCUGCCACUUCGAGAAAGCUACAGGUGCGUCUCCCAAAGAGCACACGAAGAUGAGGUUUGUCGACAAGAUGAAAUCCACAGAGAAGCGUCUCCAGUCUCUCCAGUCGUCAGGAAGCAGAGUCAAACAGAGCUUCGCUCUUAACCCGGUGUCGAAGCAAUUGCUACUGAGUUUGCCAUUGUCUACUCGGGACAAGUCCCUCCCUUUUAUACACAGAAUCCCCAAUCCUUCGUCGACGCAACUGUCCACUCUAGCCACAAAGAACGCAGUUCCAUCGCAGCACCCAGCUGAGCCUCACCUCUCCACCGCAUCACCUUUCCAUCCGGGACAAGCAAGCACCGAGAGACUGUUUACAGAGGGCAUGACGCCCAGGAGCUAUGCUAUAGGCGCUUGGCCGCAACAAGCCGUUAGAGACAGGCGCUCUGGAGUGGGACCAGCGUUAGCGUUCACACUUUGCUUGGUUGCUCUGCUCUUGGCUCACGGCUUGGCGGCGGGUUGGGGUAGGAAGAUCAUGUGUUUCACCGGGUGCUGGCUUGAACCCGGAGGCGGCUUGAAACGCGUAUCGUACCGGCCCGCUUGUGGCGUGCUUGGUGUUGCAGGUUGA